CUGGACCUCUGAGCUGAGCCUCUGCCCUCGCCAAGGGAGCCCGCGGCGCAGAGGGGCGGGAACUCGGCGGGGCUGGGGCCCCGGAACCCUCGCACGUGGUUCGGCGAGGCGGCGUAGCUUCCCCGCGUCCCGGGGGGUUGGGGGGGGCGCGUCUGGCUGAUGAAAGGCGGCUCCCAGCGGGGCUCCGACGCGGCCCCGUAAAGUCUACGCUCUGGGCUCCGAGGCCAACCUGGCGGUGGUCCCUCCAGAACGAUGGAAAUGAUGGAAGACUCCUAGCUUGCCUGAUGACCAUCAUGACCAUGGCCUUGGGUGGCUGGAGCCACCUAGCCCACCCAGGAGCUGGCUUGAAGUGGUUUCUUGUGCUGUUCUCUAAAGGCAAAGCGACCUGAGAUGACUGAUCCACAAUGAACUGCAGCUCCAAGAUGGGAAAGUAGAACCCACCUGGCUUCCUGCUAUGGCCUGUGAACCACAGAUAAACCCCAGUGGGGCGACCGGCCCUCUGUCCGCCUCCUCCACUGGUUGGAAUGCCCUGUCUGUGGGGAGUCCUCCUGGCUGGGGCCAAGAGCUUCACAAUGGCCAGGUCCUUACAGUUCUCCGGAUCGACAAUACCUGUACACCCAUCUCUUUUGAUCUGGGAGCCGCAGAAGAGCAGCUGCAGACCUGGGGGAUUCAGCUCCCUGCUGACCAGUAUAGGAGCUUGGCUGAGAGUGCGCUCUUGGAACCUCAAGUGAGAAGAUACAUAAUCUACAACUCUAGGCCAAUGUGGCUGGCCUUUGCUGUGGUUUUCUACGUGGUGGUGUGGGCCAACAUUUACUCCACCAGCCAGAUGUUUGCUCUGGGGCACCACUGGGUGGGUGUGCUGCUCGUUACACUUGCCGCUGUGAGUCUGACCCUGACUCUUGUGCUCAUCUUCGAGAGACAUCAGAGGAAGGCCAACACCAACACAGACCUCAGGCUUGCAGCUGCCAACAGAGCCCUCCUGAGACACCGGGUGCUGCUGGGUGUGACAGACACAGUAGAAGGCUGCCAGAGUGUGAUUCAGCUCUGGUUUGUUUACUUCGACCUAGAAAACUGUGUGCAUUUUUUGUCUGACCAUGUUCAAGAAAUGAAGACUAGCCAAGAGUCCUUGCUGAGAAGCAGAUUGAGCCAGAUAUGUGUUGUCAUGGAGACUGGAGUGAGCCCCACACUAGCUGUGGAGGGGCAUGAGGACCUAUUAGAGGAAACUCCUCUCCUGCCUGAUGGUCCUCAGUCCCAGGAGAGGCCACUCAUGCAGACUGAGCUUCGCCAGCUCAUUUCUGAUGCUGAGCCAGAGGAAAUGGCACAGCAGCUGCUGGCUGUGUUUGGUGGCUACUAUAUUCGGCUCCUGGUGACAUCCCAGCUUCCCCAGGCAACAGGGACACGGCAUACAGACUCUCCAAGGGUUCCAUGCCCCUGCCAGCUCAUAGAGGCCCACAUUCUGGGCACAGAAUGCUGUUCAUCUUUGGGCAGGUGACACCAGGACUGAGGUUCUCCUCUUCCUCUAAGACUGAAGGCGAGAAAUAGGGGAGGCCUCCAGAGCCCAAGGUGAGAAGAGAAGCAUCUGAGGCCACCAUGAAGGGUGUCAGUCACGUCAGCAGCACAAGUGUUAGUGCGCAUUUGAGGACCCUACAUAAAACAGCUUGUCAAUGCCGUACUCUGACCCCUAGCCUUUUAGAGCUAGCCCUACUCUAAGCCGCUCCCUGUGUUGCUUAGCACCUUGAGCAGGAUGAAAGGGCCUCUUUGCCAUCCCUUUCAAUAUCUGGAAAGCCCAGUAAAUGAUGACUGUACUGGGCCACACUUGUUUAUAAAGCUUGGUCUCAGGUGCUGUUUUUUGCCCCAGACUCAUGUCAGGGCAUGCUCUUUGUAGCAUUGUCUCUAGCCACUGAGAUUUUAAGACAGCUCAUUCUCGCGCUGAAAAAGCCCAUAGCAUUUUCUUUGUAAGUUUUUCUCCCCUCUGUUUAUGUAUAUGACUCCUGCACUUGUCUUCUAGCAUAGUGACUGUAGGAGCCAGAUAACCAUUAAUAUUUGGAAAAAAAAUAUCUGAUCCUGCCA